CACUGUAGGAGGAAAAAUGUAAAUUGGCCAUUACUAAGAAGUGUCCCGCACAUUUUUGAUGUGGGCCAUAAACUCAUGUGUAUCCUCCACCAUGGACAGUGAUUUACAACACAACAGCUCUUUGUAAUCUGAGGCAGGCACAUGGUUAAAACGCAUGGACAUCAUUUCAAGCUUUUACAUGUAUCUGUGAAAUUUUGAAGGCAUGAACAAUUUGCUGGCACCGGCUGACAAAGCAUCUAUUAUAGGUUGUCCAUUUAAAGACUGUCCACAUGUCUAAACAUCUUAGUCCUGAAGUAUCCUACACCAUCUGCCUCUUCACAAGUGCAAAUGUAUCGAAUUGCGUUGGUCGUCAUGUCACUUCCACUGAUUCUGAGCCCCCAUGUUUUUGGGCUCGCGACAGACAGUUUUAUCCAUCUGAAAAAUAUUGCAGGCAAGCUCAGCUUCAUUCAGAGGGAAGGAAAUGUGACUUAUCUGCGGGACAAGGAGCUGGCCACGGAAGUUCCAACCGAGACAAAGUUUGAACUGUUCGAUCCAAUGAACACUUUACGCACCGCCAGAUUCACCUAUACCUGGGACUUCGGCAACGGAGAGGUGCUGAARGGAUCGGAGCCGUCUGUGCACUAUAACUACUCAUCCUCUGGAAACUACACUCUGCAGCUGARRGUAGUGACCCAAGUGAACAAAACCUCUACUCCACUAACUGGGGUAUACAGCAUGGACGUUACAGUUUUGGACGCCAUCAGAAAUAUUGAGUUGAAGAGCCCUUUGAUUUUCCAGGUUUCCAGAAACAACAGUCUGGCUGUUCAUGUGGAUGGAAGCCUCUAUUAACCUGCUCUUCAUCAUGAUGUGUGCUUGGAUCGUCUUGGCAAUCCUUGCCUUCAUCAGUGUUAUAGCCUGUCGCCAUAAGAAAGAACGCAACAACAAACCACAGAUGUCUAAGUCCAGUAACGCCACUUACUCCAGCAUGAACAUGGAACUGCAGCCACAACAGGACUUCCCUGAUAUCAGUAGUGAUCUCUAUGUGUCCAGGCCAAAGAAAGAAGAGGUCCAACCCCUUCUACAGCACGGGACCAGAUCUGUCGCCAAAUCCUACCGCAACUAGUCUUCAUUUACACACUUUGAUUUGAGCUUUGUGUUGGACUGAUUCAAGUCAAAUGUUAAUAGUUUGCUAACAAUGUAUAGUUUGAGAUGAAUAUACAGUACCAGUCAAAAGUUUGGGUUGAGGUCGGGUGAUUGACGAGACCAGGUCAUCUGAUGCAGCACGC